UUUGCAACCUCUGUGUUAGGGCAGUUAACUCACUCAAGCGAUCGAGGUUAAAAUUUAGCACGAUCUCAAUUUUGACAAUGUAAAUAAAAACUUUCAAAAAUGGCUGGGACACUAACACUUAACUUUUCUGAUGACGGGUUUGCAACGAUUCAGAUGGUAAAUGGGGAAAAUAGAUUCCAGACACCGGUGAUAGAUGAAUGGAAUAGAACUCUGGACUCAGUGCUUCAGAACCAAUCCGUGCGAGGUCUUCUAAUCACGGGCUCGGGUAAGUUCUUCUCGAACGGUAUCGACCUGCAGUGGCUCGGACAACAGCAAGCGGAGGCCACUGGCCAGUUCAUGUCAAAAUUGCAGGAUCUAAUGAGACGUAUCCUCGUGUUUCCUGUGCCCACCGCCGCUCUCAUCAAUGGACAUGCGUUUGGAGGCGGAGCUUUCUUGGCUCUGGCUUGCGACUUCCGGAUUAUGCGGCCUGACAGGGGAUGGCUGAACUGGCCCGAAACGGCGAUUGGAUUGCGCUUCGGGGAGCCCCUAUUGCAGCUGGCUAGAACAAAAAUACCUGCAGGUAAGGUCCAGAGAGAAGCGUUGUUAUUUGCUAAACGUUUGUCUGGACCUGAGGCUAAGGACCUUGACCUUGUUGAUCACGUGGUAGAGGAUUCCAAGAUGGCGGACGUUGCUAAGGAGAUGAUUAAUAAGUGUCUAGGAAAGAACGGUCUUGGUCGGGAUAUUGUUCGUGUAAUGAAAAAGGACAUUUAUGGAAAAGAACUUGACUUGUCAAAAUUGUAGAUGUGUGUGUAAUGAUGAUAAACAAUAAAAAUAUUGCUGUUUCACUUGUGAAAAAUACUCCGACACUACGUUGUGUCUAAUGUAAACUGGUAAAACUGAAUUAAAAAGCAGUUCGUGGACCGUUGACUAAUGAUAUUCAUCGACUGUGUCACUCUUCAUAUAUGGGCUAUAUGUCUAACAAAGUCAUACUUUUAUUUGUAUUAACAAUACGCUAAGAUA